AUGCAGUGGACAAAAAUGAACGUACCAUUGAUCACUUUUGAGAUUUUCUAUUUUCUGAACGCGUUUAGAUUUUCCCAUGCAUGGGACAACGACGAAUUGGAGGUGUUCGAUGUGGUCGAGGAGGUCAAUCAAAAUUUCUACGAAGUAUUGGGCGUUACGCAGUCUGCGAACGCCUCCGAGGUUAAGAAAGCUUUCAGACGUCUGUCGUUGCAGUUGCAUCCAGACAAGAACUCUGCAGAGGAUGCAGAACAACAAUUUAGAAAGUUAGUUGCUGUUUAUGAUAUUUUAAAAGAUCCUGGAAAGAGGCAACGAUAUGACAAUGUGCUUGUCAAUGGUUUGCCAAAUUGGCGAUCGGCGGUAUACUACUACCGUCAUGUACGGAAAAUGGGACUACUGGAAAUGAGUAUCAUUUUAUUUACAGUCAUCACGAUAGGACAGUAUCUUGUAGCAUGGGCAGCAUACUUUGAAAAACGAUAUACUUAUGAACAAGUUUUAGGUAGCAAACUUCAAAAAAUGCAAAAAAAAAAUAGAAAGAGCAAGAUGGAUGUCCCAGAUUUGGCUGAUAUUUUGGAAAAAAUUCCCACUCCAACCAUGUGGAACACUCUUCCAUUUCAAUUGCCUAGAUGGCUGAUAAGUUCCGUGAUAGCUGUACCGUCUACCAUUCGUCUUACAAUUCAACUUUUGAAGGAUAGGAAAGAGAGGAAGAAACAGGAAGAGGAAGAAGCAUUAGCACAAGAGAAUGAACAAUCUGAGCCGGAAACAGUGUCGCGCGGGGUUAGAAAACGUAGGACCGGUUUUACCCCACAAGAAAGAAGCGGUAGCAAUGUUAAAGAGACUACAAAGAAGGACUGUGAUUACACGAAUCAUGUCUAUGAAAAGUCAACGCUGUCGGGUGGCUUGUGGACCGAUAAUGACAUAUUAGAGCUGAUAAAAUAUGUAAAAAAGUAUCCUGGAGGAACGCCGGAACGAUGGGAAAAAAUUGCGAAUAUUAUGAAUCGUACCGUCGCUGAAGUUACACACAUGGCUAAAAAGAUAAAAGACGAAGGCUUGAAGCCUGGCGAACCAGUGGAGGAGAUCCCUGCAGAGGAAAGACCAAAGAAGAUUAAGACCCGCAUUGAAAAUACAAUGAACACUGCUGAUUGGAGCCAAGAACAGCAAAGGGCUUUAGAAGCUGCCCUAACGAAAUAUCCCAAAGGUGUAUCUAUAGACAGGUGGGAGAAGAUUGCAAAUUGCGUCGAAGGAAAGACAAGGGAUGAAUGCCAAGCACGCUACAGGCAAUUGGUGGAACUAGUGAAAAAGAAGCAACAAUCUCAAUAGUUCAACUUGUAUAGGAUGUUGUUUUUUUCGACAAAAUGUACUUUAUACCAUCGAGCCAAGAGAAAUAGUAUUACUGAACUAUACAUAUAUAUAUAUAUAUAUAUAAAAGGAAAAAAGAUAUUAUCGAAUCAUAUUAUAAGUACAGGAGCGAGAAGUGAUAUUUCCUUAUUACAAAAUAUAUCAAUUGAUCUUUUUUUUUGGAAAAAUUAUAAAUUUCCUACACAUUUUUUUUGCAUACAAAUAUUUCAAUCAUGUUUCGCGUUUACAUACAUGUAUCCAUGAAUAAUUGACUUUGUCACCAUGGUACAAUAAGAAAUCUAAAAAAGGAAAGGAAGGAUGGAAAGAAGAAAGGAACAAGCAAGAGAAAAUGAAUGUUUUUCCAUGUCAUCUUAUUAAAUGUUUAUCGCGAGAAUGUAUUUAUUUAAUAAAUUUAAUAAUUAAUCAAGAGGGAAAAAAGACUGAAAACUUAUAAUCUCAAAUAUGUCCUCUUUUCUAAAAGACUGAUUAUUAGAAUUUGUAUCGUGUGUAAAUUCUACCAAAGCAGGUACUAACAACACAAAUAUCAACAAAGGCUACUGUGGAGAUAUAAUGCGACGCGUGAAUAGAUACGUUUAU